UUCGCACAGACACAGAAACAUAUGUUCGGGGAACAAGCACAUUUUGUGAGACUACUGCGUGAGAUUAUUGCAACACAGUGCACCGCUAGAGCUCUGCACGAGCUGGUUGCAGGUGUUAGCAGCCGGGUCUACAACCAAUAUUCUCCACGCCGUCAGCUGCAGCCAUUUUCGCGAGAGAUAAUUUAUAAUAACUUCUAGAAAGGUAUAUUCUAUAUUUCUCUGCAUACUGGAUGGGAACCGGAAGCUCAUAGGACAAUAAGAACCACAUGAUUCAGUUACCUAUGUCUGUGCACUGAAUUUCAAACGUUACCGCUCGAAACCUAACAACAAUUUCAUCAACAUUUUGGUGGCGGAGAUAAAGGAGGGCCAUGUCGGUACUGGUACGCAUGGCUAUUGACCGCUACGUUAAUCUGGUGGACUCCAUUAGCGAUCCCAGGGUCAACGACUGGCCCCUCAUGGAGAGCCCCUUCCCCACGAUGGUGAUUGUGGCAGGGUACCUAUAUCUGGUGGUCGUCCUGGGUCCCCGCCUCAUGGCCAACAGGAAGCCAUACCAGCUCAACGCCGUUCUAGUCGUCUAUAACGCCGUUCAAGUCAUCUUCAGUGUCAUCAUGCUGUGGGAGCAUUUGAUGAGCGGCUGGCUCCAGGAGUACAGCUACAGGUGCCAACCCGUUGACUACUCACACAGCCCAACAGCGCUCAGGAUGGCCAACCUGUGCUGGUGGUACUACUUAUCGAAGUUCACGGAAUUCAUGGACACGUUCUUCUUUGUACUGCGAAAGAAGGACAACCAGGUGACCAUUCUACAUCUCUAUCACCACACGGUGACGCCCCUAGAAACGUGGGUGUGCGUUAAGUUUAUUGCAGGUGGGCACGGCACGUUUUCAAACCUCGUGAACAACAUAGUCCACGUCAUCAUGUAUUUCUACUACAUGCUGUCUGCCAUGGGGCCGCACUACCAGAAGUAUCUCUGGUGGAAGAAGCACCUCACUCUGCUCCAACUGUUGCAGUUCACACUUGUGUUCAUCCACUCAGCACAAGUCCUCAUCUUUGACUGUGGAUACCCAAAACUGGUGGCAGGAAUGCUAGUCAUCCAUUCUGUUAUUUUCUUCGUGCUCUUCUUUGAUUUCUACCAGAGAACCUACUUCAAAAAUCGCAAACUGGAGAGAAAUUUGCAAUAGUUACAAGAAACCAGAAAGGAUUUGUAAGAGGUGACAGCCUAACAAGGUACUAUCCCAACAUACGUCUGGAGGGACUAAUGAGAACCACAAAAGAAGAAUAUACUCAGCUACGAUAAGCAGAGUUCUGGCUGAGAUUCAAAUCAAGCAUGCCCUGAAUACAAAUAGAGCAUUACCACUACACUAACCUGCUCACUACAGUAACCUCAAGUGGCAUGAUGAUAGUGCUGUUUCAUGGAAAUUCAUGAACUGAGGUGUGAACGACAGCAGAGACCCACAGAUAAAGUAAUAACAUACAUUUAUAUCACCAUAGAUAACAACAGCACACUACUAGAAUAUUUCGGUGGAGAUUAUAAAAAUAAACCUUCAAGACUUAAAAAAAGUUUCAGGAAGAACUAAUCGUCUACUUCCUUUUCACUACAUACUGAGGGUUUGCUGUCACACAGGCAAUAUAGAAAUCAGUGUCCAACAGUUCUCCUAUUGUGGGAUGACUAUUCAUUGCUGUGGGAACAUGUUUAAUGAGUCAUUGCCUAUCAAAGAACAAUGCUACCAUUCAUUUUCAACACUUUAAGUCGAAUUGGCACCACUGGCUUUUGAUAUAUUUAACAUAUCAAAUCUUACAAAUUAACUUAAAAUAAAACAUUUCAAUAUUAGUGUUUCAAUGCCAAGGCUUGGUUUCUCCAAGUCUGGUACUACCAGUGUGUCCUGAUUACCAAACAUAAUGACUGCCUUCUAUCAAAUUGAUGCAACUGCACUGGUUAUCCACAAUGCUCAACCAAAACUCAACUGAAGGUUUUAAGUUUUCAUAGUGGUGAGGAUUCAUAACGUGGGUUUCUGAGUUAUACCACCACACAUUCUGGCAGGUGGGUAUCAUUUCAGAAGACUGUCUCCAUCAGAAAUGAAGAUAGAUGUGGUGCUUCUCCAGAGUGUUGCUAGUGCUCAACUACACAGCGUCAUCAUAAAUCACCAAGCUGUGACAUGACACCGGAACUUGAAUAUCUUAACCUAAAUCUUGGUAGGUGUCAGUUCCAUCCACUGUGAUGGUUAUACUGCCACCAAUGGGUUCUUUUGGAACAGCUGACUCUUACAACACCCACUAAGUGGCUACACACCACAGUAAUGUUCCAUUAACUGUCAGAUGUCACGUUCAUAUGUUGAACUCUUUGUUUCAGGAGUCUAUGGCAAUGUGGCAGUGAAGUGUUUGUGUAUGUGUGUGUGUAACUGUGAAACUGAUAGGA